AUGUUCCCGACGCCAAAUCCUUUAAAUGAUCAAAUCACAUCAUUUAUGCCUCCCCUUCUUAGUUAUCCAAGUCAGCAAAAUCAACCUUUUCCGUUUACUGGAAUUCCAAAUUUCCUCCCGCCACCACUGCCCUAUAGCCUUAAUGAGGAAUCUUUUGCACAAGUCAUCGAGGCUCUUCGCUUACAAUUUCAAACCGAUGCUAAUACCCACUUGUUGCCUAUUACCACCCGGUCCAGUGCUUCACCAAUAGCAGCUCCUCCAGAAAAUGGUAUCGACCUAUCGAUUAAUAAGCAACAAGCGUCGAAAGACCAAUCAGAUUCCUUUUAUAACAUACUACACCAAUUACCGCAUCCGCCGAAUCCAUCCCCGAAAUCUUCCGAAAUGCCUUCGUUUCAGGAACACUCUCCAGCGCUUCACAGCACUCCGAUUUCAGCCAAAAAUGACCGUAAGCAUAGAAGGUCAGGGUUUCAAGCAGGAGUCACUGUUGCAUAUACAUAUGAUUCCUUCUUCGUCUCGGAUGGUCGAUCAAAGAGACGAAAGAAGAUGGACUCGAGCGAAAAUUCUACAACUACCUCCCUUCCUUUAUCUUCAGAUUCAUCUGCAUGUACUUCACGCGUUUCGACCCCUCUAACGCGAUCGUCCGCUGUACAACGUUAUACUUGCAGUGAAUGUGGCAAAGACUAUGCAACUUCUUCCAACCUGAGCCGACACAAACAGACGCAUCGAAGUUUGGAUAGCCAACAAGCAAAGAGUUGCGAACAUUGCGGGAAGGUCUAUGUCUCAAUGCCAGCUCUUUCCAUGCAUAUAAUGACCCAUACAAUGAAACAUCGGUGCACUAUUUGUGGAAAAGCUUUCAGUCGUCCAUGGCUCCUCCAGGGCCACCUUAGAGCCCAUACGGGGGAGAAACCUUUCGGAUGUGCUCAUUGUGGGAGAGCUUUUGCUGAUCGAUCCAAUCUUCGAGCUCAUAUGCAAACACAUUCAUCUAAGAAGCUCUAUCAAUGCACAUAUUGUAAAAGAGAUUUCCCCUUACGAUCAUACCUAAAUAGGCAUUUAGUCACUUGUGAUGAGAAUCCUAAGUUAACUUCUUCGUCAGGCACUUCCACAAGCCAAGACAAUUCAAAGGGAGCAGAAGAUAAACCCCUAUUGCCUUUGAGUAUUGCAGCAUUAGUUGGAGAGCAAUGA